AUGGACAAUCGAAAAGAACUUUACAAUUCUAUCAUGGUUAAAGUACCAUACCCGCCGACAGUCACGGCCGAAGAAUUAUUUAAAUCACGAAAACGUUCAAAUAAUGGGAAAAGUCGGUCUAAAGUAAGCAAUAGCUUCUUGGUUUACCGUGGAGAAUAUUACAAGGAGCUAAAGAAGACGCAUCACGGCAUACCACAAUACAUGGUAUCUCGCAUGGCGUCGAAUUCAUGGAAACACGAACCAAAACAUAUUAAAGAGGCCUAUCUUAAUAUCGCUGGAGAUUUGGAUAAGUUGUUCUUGGAAUCAAACAAAAAAGCGAAUGUUCAAUUCCAACCUUUGCCUCAAACUUCCGCCACCUCGAUUCCUAUUUUUCAGGAGAUUGAAGUCAACCCUGACUUAAUAUAUAUUCAAGGCGAGUCACCAAUAGAAGAAAAUACUUUCAAUUGCGACCCUUCUCAAUAUGGGUGCCCAUGUUAUACUUAUUCUCAAUAUGAAGGAUUCUUUUCUCAAUAUGAAGGAUUCUUUUCUCAAUAUGAAGGAUUCUUUUCUCAAGAAGAGAUAUAUUUUAAUGCUUAUCAAGAUGUGUACCUAAAUUAUUUUUGUCAAGAGGAAUUAGAUUGGUAUACAUAUUUUAUGUCACAACCAGAACAACUAUAUUUUGAUGCAAACUGGUGUCAUUUAAUACCAUUACCUC